AUGCACUUGCCCUUGUUUAAUUGUUUUAGAGGGUGUAGGCCUCUUAUUGGUCUUGAUGGAUGUCAUCUAAAGGGCUCAUAUCCAAUUCUGAUAUUGGUAGCUAUAGGGAAGGAUAAAAAUAAUCAAAUAUUUCCAUUUGCAUGGGCAACAACUGAGGUGGAAAACAAAGAAACCUCGGGAUGGUUUUUGGAGUGUUUAAAGAAUGAUGUUGGUGAUGUGGCUGAGGGUUUGGGUCUGACUUUCAUGUCAGAUAGGCAGAAGUUUACUGGUUUAACCUUCAAGGAGCUCUUCUGGAAUGCAGCUAGGGCCACCAUUCUGUUUGAUUUUGAGGUAGCCAUGGAGUCCAUAAGACUUCUGUCAGAAGAUGCCUAUGAAUACUUAGCAAAUUUACCAACACAACAUUGGUCUAAGCAUGCAUUUUCUGAUUUUUGCAAGUCAAACAUGAUAUUGAACAAUGUUUGUGGAACAUUUAAUGCUGUGAUCAAGGAUGCUAGGGAUAAACCCAUUCUCACUCAAAUGGAGUGGAUGAGGAAAUAUAUGAUGAAGAGAAAUAGUGAGAAAUGGGAAAUAAUUCAGAAAAUGGAAGGGAAGGAUACUCCUUAUGUGGCUAAGGUGUUUGAGAGAAUGGAAAAGGUUGCUAGGUAUUGCAUAGUCCAACUAUUCAGAGGGGACAACUAUGAUGAGGUUGAGUUGAAUGGGGAUAAAGUGGUGGUUGACCUACAACAAAGAACAUGCUCUUGUUAUCAUUGGAAGUUGACUGGAAUUCCUUGUGUACAUGCUUUUGCAUGCCCAAAGCAUUGGGAGAAAAUUGACAUGAGACAACCACUCCCUCCUCCAGUUAAGGUUAUGCCAGCAGGGAGGCCUAAAUCUAAGAAGAGAAAGCUGGAAAAGGGAGAAAAGGGAGAGGGAGCAGGACAAAGCAAAGAUACUCAACCUAAGGCCCCUAAAAUCCAGAAAAGAUGCAGGAACUGUGGUUAA